AUGGGUUGCGGAAUGAGCACGGAGGAGAAGGAGGGCAAGGCCCGCAACGAGGAGAUUGAGAACCAGCUCAAGAAGGAUAAGUUGAUGCAGCGCAAUGAGAUUAAGAUGCUCCUUUUGGGAGCUGGUGAAUCCGGGAAGUCGACUAUUCUGAAGCAGAUGAAGCUCAUUCACGAGGGUGGCUACUCUCGCGAUGAGAGGGAAUCUUUCAAGGAAAUCAUCUUCAGCAACACUGUCCAGUCCAUGCGUGUCAUCCUCGAAGCCAUGGAGACCCUCGAGCUCCCUCUCGAUGAGAAGCGUACCGAGUAUCACGUCCAGACCAUUUUCAUGCAACCCGCUCAGAUCGAAGGCGAUGUUCUCCCCCCUGAGGUCGGAAACGCUAUUGAGGCGUUGUGGAAAGACCGUGGUGUGCAAGAGUGCUUCAAGAGGUCGAGGGAGUACCAGCUGAACGACUCGGCGAGAUACUACUUCGACAACAUCGCGAGGAUUGCGGCCCCUGACUACAUGCCCAACGAUCAGGACGUGCUACGAUCUCGUGUCAAGACGACCGGUAUCACUGAGACGACAUUUAUUAUCGGCGAUCUCACCUACCGCAUGUUCGACGUCGGUGGUCAGCGAUCCGAGCGAAAGAAGUGGAUUCACUGCUUCGAGAAUGUCACCACCAUCCUGUUCCUUGUCGCCAUUUCCGAGUACGAUCAGCUCCUCUUCGAAGACGAAACCGUCAACCGUAUGCAGGAGGCCCUGACGCUAUUCGACUCUAUCUGCAACUCGCGAUGGUUCAUCAAGACUUCCAUUAUCCUGUUCCUCAACAAGAUCGAUCGUUUCAAGGAGAAGCUUCCCACGAGUCCCAUGAAGAACUACUUCCCUGACUACGAGGGUGGUGAUGACUAUGCUGCCGCUUGCGAUUACAUUCUCAACCGCUUCGUGAGCCUCAACCAGCAUGAGACCAAGCAGAUUUACACGCAUUUCACCUGCGCGACAGACACAACCCAAAUCCGGUUCGUCAUGGCCGCUGUUAAUGACAUCAUCAUCCAGGAGAACCUCAGGCUGUGCGGUUUAAUCUAA